GUCUCCCAUAACACGUAACACCACCAACUAAUAACUCCUACCAUUGUGCAUGUAUGUGUAUGAUGCUGGAUGUGUGUGGUUGGACGAGAGGGUGAUACUGCCCGUGCUGAAGAAAGCCCAUCUCUGUUCUGUCUGUACUGCUGGCUGGGCCGGUGCUAGUAGAGUCCUAUCUCCAAGUGGCUGGGAAACAUCAUCUCUGUUUUCCGUGUAAAAAGAAGGAGAGUGAGUGAGUGUGUAUAUAUGUAGCUCUGCUGCUGCUCCUGCUCUCUGAUGAUGAUGGUCGUGCUACUGCUUAGAUAGGAGUCAGACUGCCACCACCACCACCACUUCUUGUAAUAUUGAGUAGAAGGCGAGAGUAAAAGUAAGUAGCAGUGUCGUGGAUUCAUCCAAAGGAAAAAGAGAGACCGGUCGGUAUGACGAGGACUUAAGUCGCCCUUCUACCCUCUUUUUGAUGGCCCGAGUCGAAAGUGUCCUCUUCCACUGAAUGCGUGUGUGGGGUGUGUUUCAUCUGUGACCGUUUGUGUGGGUGUGGUUACCACCACCACCACCGCCGCAAGCAGCCGCCGCAUCAGUGUUGCACAAACAUCACCAUCAUCAGUCAUCAUGAUGGCGUGUUGUCUCUCGGAGGAGGCCAAGGAGCAGAAGAGAAUCAAUCAGGAAAUCGAAAGACAACUCAGGAGGGACAAACGGGAUGCGAGAAGGGAACUUAAAUUGCUGUUAUUGGGUACCGGAGAAUCGGGUAAAUCGACGUUUAUAAAACAAAUGAGAAUUAUUCAUGGGUCCGGAUAUUCUGAUGAAGAUAAGCGCACCUUUAUCAAACUGGUAUAUCAAAACAUCUUUAUGGCAAUGCAAGCCAUGAUACGAGCGAUGGAGAUGUUAAAAAUCCAAUAUUCAGAUUCGUCGAUGAUAGUGCUACAGGAAAAAGCGGAACAAGUAAAAGCGGUUGACUAUGAAACGGUCUGUACAUUCGAAUCACAUUACGUUGAAGCCAUCAAAGCCUUAUGGGGCGACGCUGGUAUUCAAGAGUGUUACGAUAGGAGGAGAGAAUACCAAUUAACGGAUUCAGCCAGAUACUACUUAAGUGAUUUGGAUCGAAUCGGUUCACCCGACUAUUUACCUACGGAACAAGACAUCCUUCGAGCUCGAGUUCCAACCACCGGCAUUAUUGAGUAUCCCUUUGAUCUCGAUUCCAUCAUAUUUCGGAUGGUGGACGUCGGUGGUCAGCGUUCAGAGCGUCGCAAGUGGAUACAUUGUUUCGAAAAUGUAACUUCCAUUAUCUUCCUUGUGGCUCUAAGCGAGUACGAUCAAAUUUUAUUUGAAUCAGAUAAUGAGAAUCGAAUGGAAGAAAGUAAGGCCUUAUUCAGAACCAUCAUAACGUAUCCUUGGUUCCAACACUCUUCGGUUAUCCUGUUUUUGAAUAAAAAGGAUCUAUUAGAAGAAAAAAUUAUGUAUUCACAUUUAGUUGACUAUUUCCCCGAAUAUGAUGGGCCACAACGAGAUGCCAUUCACGCCCGAGAGUUCAUUUUACGAAUGUUUGUCGAUUUGAAUCCUGACAGUGAAAAAAUUAUAUACUCCCAUUUUACUUGUGCCACAGAUACUGAAAACAUCCGUUUUGUCUUCGCAGCAGUGAAAGACACAAUUUUGCAGCUGAAUUUAAAAGAGUACAAUCUUGUAUAAUGGCCCACCUGAAGAGUUAUGAAUGAUAUCUGUCCACUGUCAAACAAUGCAUGUCCGUACAUACCACCACUCAAGAGAAAGCAGUGUUUGGUUAUGGUUAAGUAUGUACGUGUAUAUGUGUGUAUGUAUGUGUGGUUAAAAGUUCAACAAUUGGCGACCUGGGAUGAUGAUGACGACGACGACGAAGCAAGACGACAGGUGAUGUAGCCGUCUGGUGUUUGGAUUUGAAGAAUAUUAAACAUCUACUUCUCUCAUCAUCAGAAUCAAAACUCGGGAAAUUUAAAGUCUAAAUUCAACAAGUCGCACAAAUUCUGUCCUCUUCUUCUUGGAAAGCAAGCAACUAUUUAAGGAAUUUACGACUACACACAAGUGUUUCACACACCCAACUCAAGUGUUGAGAGAAAGUGGCAGUGUUAACCCAUCGCGAUCAUUCAUGACCGCUGCAAAAAAAAACAAAAAAAAGAACAAGCACAAAUGAACGCACCAACCAACUACAACCACACCUCAGGAGUUUGAGUGAAAAACAAAGUGUAUACAUAAUAUAUUGACACUUAGUUGACUGUUGUUUUAAGUGAGAAGAACUUGAUACUUUAGACUUUUUUACAUGAUGAAGAAGCUUUAUCUCAUGCAACUGACUAGUCUUUCUUUCAUCCGUUAUGGUUAUAGUUCGCGAGAGAUAGUGGUGAAAGUAAAUUGUAAGAGUGUUGUUUGUGGUCCUUGUGAAGAAGAAGAAGAAGAAAUUACAUUCUACUACUACUUCUACCACCACUACUACUACAUACUACGACUAUUACGACGACUACUACCACACUCUGCUCCAAUAAUAAUCCUACUACUCUUCUGCUGCUUCGCCGGGUGUGGAAAAAUUUCACCCGUUGAUUCUAAAACUUGACGAGGAUUUGUUAUGCUGUUCAUUAGCGUUAAACGUGCUGGAGAGAACCGCACUUGUGUCAUUCUGUAUCAUUGCUGCUGCUGCUGCUACCAAUUAUUUGCAUCAAUCAUCGUUGUUCAAUCAAUUUCAGUUGAAAUUCAUCGUUAGUUUUCUGGAGAAAGCUACUACAAAGCUACUAACCUACAUUCACUAUAAAUAUAUGAAUACAUACAGUGCCUACAUUCUCAGCGCCCUGCUUGACAGGCUUUUUUCUCUCUCACUCUCUCACUCUCUCUCCCAAAUUCAACGCUUCUUGGUUGUUGUCAUCUCGAUGACGAUGAUGAUGACGAAGAACAAGAUCAAGAAGAAAACUUCAAUCAUACAUCAUCAUCAUCACGAUCAACACUUUCAUUCUUCUUUUCGUUGUCGUCUCCAGUACCUCAUCCGACACUAUUACUUCACUGCUACUUCUACUUGUACUUCUACUUGUGCUACAUACAACUAUGAGCGUCCCACUGCAAUUUGUGGACACUUGUCGCCAACACCACCGCCAACCAUGUGUGAGUUCCAUGCUUCUACUACAUCUUGUUGCUACACCCCUCCCCCCAAAAAAACAACAUGUUUCGUUCCGUGGACGAGAACAACUACUAGUGUCAAAUUUUUAAGUCUCCUCCUGGCUUUUCCUAUUGAAUCUCCGGUUCUAUAAUUCUAAAAAAAACUUAAUGUAUUUAAUGACAGAUAAGAAACAAGAAAUGAACGGCCACUUACAUGAGAUGAUGUAGGGAAGUCAAAUCAUUAUAUUUUAUUUAAACAAAAAAGUCAAUGUAGGUCUGACGAAUCCCAUAAUAUUCCAACUCUUGUAACCAAACGACUGUACUGCCACUUUACAUAAAUUUAACUAUAAAUUAUGACUGGUCAAGUCAACUUAUCUUACUAUACUACUACAACUACAGUUUUUACAAUUACGUACAUUCAACAUUCAUUGAGCAUUAGCAUUUACUGCUCUACAUUUACAUAUAAAUAUAUAUUUACCCACUACAGGCUUUUUAUUAAUUUAUUAGUUCUACUCUUAUUAAUAUGAUAAUCUCCGUUUUCUGUAAUAAGGGAACCUUUACCCUCAUAUGAAACUAUCUUCAGAGCCCGAUAAAUAACAUCAACCGAAGAUGAAGCCAAAUUGCAAAAAAGGUAGAGAUUCCCUUAGAUAGAAAUACAUCCUUGGACUUUUACUGCUCGUUCAUUUCAUACUUUAUUUUGGGUACAAUUCGUACAUUUUUAUUAUUACUACAUACAUAUUAUUUCUCUUUCCCCUUCAGUUAUUGCUAUUAUCCAACGACAACCUAAAUAUAUAUAUUCGUUCACGGGCUCCGUGCAUCUCUGUCUGUCACCUUUUAACAUACUCGACAACCAAGGUUAUUAUUUUAACCUUGCUUUUCCACUGUUACUCAACAACUGGUUCUUCUUUUUACAACAAAUAAUAAGAUGUAUAAUAUUCACACGGGAUUGAUAACACUUGAUUCUAAUACAGUGAGCAAGCCAUGAUUAUGAGACCACCCUUUUUCCCGAGAGAGCUCUCACUCAAGUAUGUAUACAUCACGGUAUGAUCUAUUUGUUGAGUGGAGCAAGCCAGUUGCAUGCAAAUGCAAUAAUCUGUUGUUUUUUCCAUGUAUUUCAAUUAACUGACAAAAAUUCCUUAUCUUAAAUAUUAUUCGUUAUAAUCCACCUCAUUUUUUGCGCUGCCUAUCAAAUACAUUUCCUUCAUUCUUUAUGAGAAAAAAUAUUUGCACACUCGUUGAUUAUCUGUCAGUGACGAUGACAACGACACCAUCUUCUAUUAUAUAUAUACAAAUAUAUAUAUGAUAUAAUUGUACCGUCGUCGUGUAGCCGUUCUUACUUGCAGUUUGUCAUGAAAGGUCAGGUCAACGCCAUGAUUGAGGUCAUCGUGAUGUUGCAUUCAUCAUGUCGUGUUUCUUGAUGCAUCCUUAAUUUCUUCAUCUGAAAGGAAAACUAAGGUGCGAGACAACAUUGGAAAACUGCAUAGCACAAUUAAUAAUAUGUAGGUAAUUUCUAUGAUAAGAUGCGAAGGCACACAUUUUUAUAUUUCUACCAAAACAAAAAAAGUUGCAAAUUCCUUGUGAAUUAUUUUAAUCUUGUAAUCAAUAAGGUUACAGCAAAGUUGAAUAUUACGAUAUAUAUAUAUAUAUAAUUUAUGUUGUUGUUGUUGGUGGCUAGAUGAUGAUGAUGAUUGUUGAUGAUUGAUAGAUGAGAGAAAGAAAGAGUCGGACUCGGUUUUGUAUGACUUUUGACUGGUCUGUUUUAAAAAAAAUAACAAAGCAACAAUGAUACACAGACAUCUGCCUUCUCCGCUGACAAACGCCAAUAAGUUUCCAUUUCAAAUUAGGUUUCGCCGCUUACUAUGUUACUACAAUGUGUGUAUACAAAAUUUAAUCACGUUCGAUGCCGGCCACUGUUUAUUUGUAUGCAGCAAAACCCUUCCAUUUUUUUAUGUUCAGUCACUGUCAAAUCCACCAAACCGAUUAAUGCUAUGCCAUGUGCUAUUUGCCAACCAUAAUUGAUUUGUGUAGUGUGAAGUGUGUGUACAAGAUAUUUAUCUUGAGGGAAAAAAGUGUGUGUAGAAUGAAAAUCAAAGAAUUUUAAUAACAAUUGAAUGAUUAUUAUUACAUUAUAAUAAAGAAGACGGCGAUGAUGAUGAGUUCUAUGUCGUUCGUGUACAACGAAAUACACAAGCAUUGCGCAAAUCAUAUUUAUUUAUUAUUUAUUUUCAAUUUCUUUUGGGCAAGCAUGUACUACUAUUAUACAUAAUUAGCGUAUUUUUACCAUUACUUUUCUACUGCCAAAUCAAGCACAAAUUUAUUAAUGUGUGUGUUUGUGGAUGUGAUUCUGUUAUCAUUUUUGUGCUAUUUAAUAACGCCUUCUCUAUAAGAUUCACUUAUUUAAUGGCCUUUUUAUAUUCCGUUUUGCUACAUGCUGUCCUCAAAUUGUCAAUCCCAACUUUGUGUUCGCUUUACACAUACAUCAAAAAAAUACAUACACAGUACAGUACGCACAACAACACGUCUAUCAAUAAUAUCUUUACAUGAACUCUUUCAAAUCUGUUCUGAUUUGCACAAUCAUUGAUAAUAGUCGUUUGAAAUUAGUUGAAAUUGAUUAAAUUAACACCAAAUAACAACUUUACAUCACCUCGGUUAAUUGGCGGCAUUAAAAAUUCUCGCUUAUCUUUGCAUAAUAAUAGAAAUAAUAAUAUACGUAGAUUAAAAUACAAAAUGACUAUUUAUAAGUAUUUUUUGUCUUUUAUUUCUACCAAAAAAACUGCCAGUUUUAGAAAAUGAUAGACGAAAGUUUUGGAUUGAUUAAAAAUGCACAAUAUUACGUGGUCUAUAAAAAAACUAGGAAGAAAGUUGCUUUAUAAGAGAGUGCUCAAUUGAAGAAAAAACGAGAAAAUUGUUUUAAAAUCAUGAUAAAAAAACUUAAUUUGCUGAUCAGCACAGUACCAGAUCAGAUUCCAUUAAAAAAACCCAUGUAAAUAUCUCUUCAUUAAUUUUUCAGUUUUCUCUAAUAAUAUUAAUGACCACAUUAUCUGAACGAUAUUAUACUGCAAUAUAUUUAGGAGAUAGUAGAAAGAAACCCAUUUUUGUCAUCAGGAGAAAAAGAUUUUUGGGAGAAUGACAUGCACUGCAUUUUGUACUUUACUAAAUCCAGUUUUGGGAGCUGAGCUUGUUAGCUGUGUUAUAUGUUGUUGUUGUAUGGAAAUUAGUCUCUUUUACAUAUUAAAAAAUCGUGUUGAAUAUGAAUUACAAAAAAUUGAGGACGGAACUUAAAAAACCAACAACAACUUUUACGUGACGCAUACAAUACUACCUGAUAAAUACUUGUUAUGAUACACACACAUACCAAAAAACUAACUAUUUAUUGGGCAUUGUACAUAAAGCAUGUACUCAAUUUCGAGUGUUAAAGUUGCUGAGACCCCUCUCAGGAUUGAUGAUAUAAAAAAAAAGUUGUGGAGGGAGGGCCAACCUCGGUCACAUGCUUUAUGUUCAAUCCCUCAUUACUACACGUGGCAUUUUUCUUCAAGGAAACAAGCGGUCUACUAUCUUUCCCGGUCGGUUAUAAUAAUAAAUAUAGUUAGCUAAUUAUUCACAAUUUUUUCCUUCUUUUUACAAAGAAAGCCACGUCCAUUUAAAGUGCAUUUAAAUCUUUAUACUUUACCAAGGCUGUUGCUUUUUAUUUUUAUUUUUAUUUUCCUUUAUUACAAUUAAACAAUAGCGCGUACUAAAUUGGAGAUUCUGCUGCUGGCAAAAAGGUGCGAAAGUUGAUAAAAAAUCAAUACUCCGUCGAUACCCAAAGACAAAAAAACAUCACUACUAACCAGAACCACCCCGCAUUUGCAUAAUAUUUGUGACCUGAUGAUCAUCCUUUUCAUUCCGCUGGUUUAUUCCUGAAUAAUUUCCCCCAAUUGAUUUGGAAUAGUCCACUCCCACGCAUAAUGUCGUGUUUAUUAUUAUGAGAUGAUGAUGAUUCGUUUACUUAACACCACCACCACCUCCAUACCAAAGCUUGCCAAUAAACAACUAAUAAGAAAUUAUUAUGUACCUAUUAUUCCGCACCACAGACACGGAUAGGAACAGUGAGCGUUAAAAAAAGCCAAAGAAUUUCGGACGAUGAUAAUACACACACUACGUUUUUUACAUACUUGUACUGGAAUUGUGGAGUCAUGGAAUGACAGAUAACAGGGAAAAAGAGAGAGAAAAAAUGAGAUUUCAUUUUUCCACAGAGAGGUCUGAUUCAUCUACACAAUAAUUUCCAACCCGACUCUUGGUUUGUUCCGAUUCAAUGUAGCCUUCUGUACAUAAACUUGUUAUCUUUCUGCACAUUAUUUACUUCACACCGCAUUUUUUCCCCAAAACCUCAAAGAACAAAAACCAAAUCUAAAAACCAAACCUGUGUCCUAAAUAUUAGUCAUUCAGCACCAUUGUUGAAUUUUAUUUUAGUCAAUAUGCACAUAUACCUAUUUACAUCGAUGUAGCCGUUUGUGUAUCAUCGCUUGUUGCAGCAGCAGACCUUUAUUAUUGCACGUGCGUUCAUCAAUUCAUUUUGGUUUUAGUAGAUAAGCUAAGACCAAGAACAUAUAUAUAAAUAUAUACCGUAAAUGAGCCCACUGAUGAUCUAUAUAAAGAAAACUUAUUGAUUUGAGGAAAUCCUAAAUGAUGAUCACGUGUCGAUGACUGUACUACUUUGUCUACUUUGCAUUUCAUGAUUUGAGAGGAAGGAGAAGGCAGUGAAUUUUGUCGUUAUGUAGGGAUGAUUUUUUUUAUAUAAAAAAACUAGGUAAAAAUGUUUAAACGUAACAACAACAACCAAACCAGACCGGACCAACAAGUACUGUGGUUGUUGAUGAUGGGUCGUCGGUAAGGUAGGAUAAGACUUUUUAUUAAUGUAUAACAUUUGUUAGGUAGGCUAGUCCAGUCCGGCUGUGAACAUGUGACUACAACAUAUACAACUGACUAAGAAGAUAAGUUAUGAUACUCAAUAAAAUUUUCUACGGUGCCAUGAAAUUCUAAGUAAAAAAUACGGAUAAGUUGUUCUUCCCUAAUCUAGUGCGUACUACGUAUAGUUUAAAUUAUUGAUAGGAAGUAUUGAUGAUUAUAUAAUUGGGCAGGCAGGAGGUGUACGUACAUAGGCUACACUAACUAAGAUUCAGAUCUAUGUACUUUGACGACUUGCCCUGCUGAUGAGAAUGAAACUUAUUGUGUAAUCACAGAUGAUGUAUCUUCGGUACAUAGUUAACUAAUUUACUGAUUAUUUAUAGUUAAUUGUAUGCUCCUAUUAUAAAUGAUAAGUUAAAGGCCAUUUAUGCUACACACGACACAAACUCAUCAUCCUGUAUUAUAUACAUAAAAAUAUAUAUAUCCGUACUACUGUUAUACAUACUAAACUAUGAGUACACACACAAUGAUGAUGAUGAUAAGAAUUAAUUAAGUCUAAGGGAUGACAUGUUGUGUACUAGUACCACUACUAUUACUAAAACACUACUACAACUACUAUUGUUACUAGUAUACAACUACUACUACUUACUACUACUACUACUACAGUUAACUAAAGUAAGUGCUUAGGUGAUGAAACAGAAGUACGUGUAAGUUGAUUUAGCAUAUUUAUUACCAUUUUGUUUCUGCUAUUAAGAUUAUUUAAUUUAGAGCUUAAGGAGGUUUGUAAAUAUAAUGAUGAUUAUUAAACAGAAUUUCCUCCAUUAAAAAACA